CCACCUCCCUCCCUCUAGCUGUGCUGGGGCAUGAAUCAGCUCUCACAGCUUGUUAAAGCUGGACCUCUUGUUUUCAUGCCCUCACCUCAGGAAACAGAGUUACAGCCUUUCCAGCUCUACUCAGCAGGGGACCAGGGUCCUCACUUUAUAAACAUCCCAGCCUGGAGAGCAGAGGGCAAGGAGAUGGUGUGAGAAAGGAGUCCAGGGAAAAAGAGAAAAACUAAGACUCAAGGAGCGAAGCAAAGCAAAGCCAAGAGGACAAGUAUCCUGAACAGAAGAGGCCAAGAAGGGUCCAAGAGAGCUGUGCUGCAAGAAUGGCCCUGAGGCUGCUCUGGGCUGGACAGACCAAGGGGAUCCUGGGAGGCUGGGGGAUCAUCUGCUUGGUGAUGUCUCUACUCUUGCAGCACCCAGGAGUCCACAGCAAGUGUUACUUCCAAGCUCAAGCCCCCUGUCACUAUGAGGGGAAAUAUUUCACCUUGGGUGAGUCUUGGCUCCGAAAGGACUGUUUCCAUUGCACCUGCCUGCAUCCUGUCGGUGUGGGCUGCUGUGACACGUCUCAGCACCCCAUCGACUUCCCCGCUGAGUGUGAGGUACAUCAAGAGGCAGGAACCUGCCAGUUCUCCCUGGUGCAAAAAUCUGACCCUCGGCUGCCCUGUAAAGGGGGAGGACCUGACCUAGAGUGGGGCUCAGCUAACACCCCUGUUCCUGGGGCUCCUGCUCCUCACUCCAGCUAAACUCAACUGAUCACCUGUCUGCAGACUGCUCACUGCUGUUGCCACUUCCAGGGAAACCACUAGCAGCUGCCAAUUUAUUCUGAAUAAAUAAAUUAAUGCUACAGCUGAAAGUCUGCCCCUCUCUCUCUCUCUCUCUUUUUUUCC